AUGAGGUCGACCUACAAAAUAGUGUUUCUAGGGAGCUCUAACGUUGGAAAGACCACCUUAAUGUCCCAGUAUUUACAUCAGGAGGUGCAGAGGUCGUAUGGGCCCACGAUUGGAUUAGAUUUCGUUAGUACAACUAUUGUUGUUAGCGGCCAUAGGGUUCGUCUUCAGUUAUGGGAUACUGCAGGCCAAGAAAGAUUCAAUUCGAUUAUACCGAACUAUACAAGGAACUCCUUCUUAGCAAUCAUCGUCUUUGAUAUGAAGGACAAGUCCUCAUUUGAAAGGAUAGAUCAUUGGAUUAAUACGCUUUCCAAGACUAGUGAAAGCCUUGGGAGUAAGGCCAGGAUCCUAGUGGUGGGAAACAAGAGAGAUCUUGCCGAUGAAGAAACACGGGGGUGGUAUAAAGAGGUGGGAACCAGAAAGGCCAAGAAACACGGGGGUGAGUAUGUUGAGACGUGUGCUAUGAAGCAUGAAGGGAUUGAGGACCUUGUCAGGGCUGUUGAUAGGCUUAUUGAAGAGGACUUGGAAAACCCCAUGGAGGAUGAAAGUACUGUUAGGCCUGAAAACAUAAGAUUUGUAAAGGGAAGAAGGUGCUGCUAG